AUGGUUGUCAAUGUAAUCAGUUCACCACAAACUAUUGUAACAGCAACUACUCACGACAACGAUAAACAACAUAGUAUGACUUCAAAUGAAAUCUUUGAUUUAUCAUCAUUGCGUCGUCGAUUCGCUUCUCUUGCUAUUUCAUGUAUUCAUCGUGAAUAUCCAAACAAAAUCGCUCAUGUUCUUACGUCCGAUGCCGAUAUUCAAGCUCCGCAUAAUUUAACACCUGCAUUUUUUGGUUGCUUCGAUUGGCAUUCAGCUGUGCAUGGCCAUUGGCUUUUAGCACGUCUCGGUCGCAUUGACAAAAAUCUUACUUAUGAAUGCCGCCAAGCACUUAGAAAAAGUUUAACAAAAGAAAAACUUCAAGAUGAAGUAAAAUAUUUAAGUUGCGAACAACGCCAAACUUUCGAGCGACCUUAUGGUUUAGCAUGGCUCUUACAAUUGGUUAUGGAGUUAGAUGAAUGGACGCAAGAAGAAAUUGAAAGUUCUGAAGAAAUUCUUGAGUGGCGUGAAAAUAUUCGUUCACUUGAAUUGCUCGUCGUCAAUCGUUUAUCGUCGUGGCUUCCAAAACUAUCGUACCCUAUUCGUAGUGGUGAGCAUAGUCAAACAGCUUUUGCACUUGGUCUAUCUCUUGAUUAUGCUCGUCGUGUCAACAAUUCAAUAUUUGCACAACUUAUCGAACAAAAUUCGUUGAGAUUCUUCUUUUCAGACAAAUUAUAUCCAUUUACUUAUGAGCCAUCAGGUGAAGAUUUUCUUUCGGCUGGUCUUGCUGAAGCUGAUCUAAUGCGGCGUGUUAUGACCAAGAAUAAUUACGAAUUUUUACAAUGGUUUAAUGAAUUUUUACCUUUUGCAAAUCUGUCAUCAAGCCUCGAGCCUCCAUCAAUCCUAGAUCCAACCGAUCCGAAGUUAAUUCAUUUAGCUGGAUUAUGUCUUAGUCGAGCAUGGAUGUUAGAAGGAAUUAUUCAAGCAUUACCAGAAAAUACUGAACAACGCAAUCAAUUGUAUGAAUUACAUAGAAGAAAUGCACAAGCAGGUUUAACAGCUAUCGAUGAAAGUCAUUAUGAAGGAGGGCAUUGGCUUGGUACUUUUGCUGUAUAUUUAAUAACACAGCGAGGAAUUAAUUGA